UGUGAAGUUCUCACUGUAACUAUGGAAUAUGAACAUUGCCAGAACUCUCGCACAAUAUUUUACGAAGCUGUGCGUAAAUAUAAGCCAAAUGCGCUUUUCAUCCUCACCAGGCAUACUAAACUAAUGGAAACACUAAUGACGACGGCAGACAUGGUGGUGGAUAACGCAGUUGCUGUUCUCGACGAUCUGUCGAAAAUAGUCACCGACCGCGUUUUCGUCCUCAACGCCAUUCCUUACCCAACGCGUACAUUCGAGCACGAUCACACUGCCGCAUUGCGAGCUGGAAAAGUUCUCGACCAAGCGAGUUACAUCAACAAAACUGUUAAUCUGGAAAUGGUGCGUGCGACAGUGAACCGAGUAGUCUCCUUGUGCUCGAAGUGCACAGUGAUUGACUAUGCGCAGGUGUUCGCCGUGAACGGAACGUUCCAUAUGUUUGACGACCAAACUCAUCUCGCCUAUCUCAAUGGCUAUUGGCACUUCACAAGCCAUGGACUCAAUCAGCUUCGACCAUUUUUUAAGCAAAUUUGCGACAAAGUCUCCUAUACGAAUUCGAAUAAACACUAG